AUGGCCUACCACGGCAGCACAACUGCGAUGCACGAGCACCUCAGAAGAAAAAACAUCCUGGCACUCUCCGACCCUCAAAAGGAAGAGCCAUCUGUACGCAUGGACCAGUAUUGCCACAGAGGCAUACUUGGUGUCACAUGCCACUUCAUUAAUGAAGACUGGGAGCUUACAUCAUACAAUCUGACCACCAUGCCACCUGAAGAUCGGCACACAGCUGAAAAAAUUGCUAAGUGGGUGGAAAAAGCAGCUGAGAAGUUUGAGAUAUCCAUGGCCAAUGUUCAAGCUCUUGGACUUGAAGAGAAAAGAAGAUAUGAGGAGCAAACACAUCAACAUCAAAGUGAGAAACAGGUUCAGUCAGCCAGUGCAGACAUGAAAUUUUUAGAGAAGAGGCAAGUGUCUCUGUUGGACACUUUGCUCGGUUCGGAUUCAGAUGACCACAGUAAUGGUGAGGAUGACACUGGUCACAUCCAAGAUCAAGAAACUCACAGUGAAGUUGUGAGAAAUGAGAUACACAUGUACUUUAGUAAGCAGGCUAUUCCAAAGGAAGAAAUGGUUCAAUGGUGGAAGGAAAAUGAAGUGAGGUUUCCCAUCUUGGCCAUGCUGGCAAAGAGUUACUUGUCUGUCCCUGCAACAUCAACCCCAUCUGAAAGGCUUUUCUCAGUUGCUGGCAACAUUUUUCUCAAAGGCUCUGCUGAGGACAGCAAAGCUACUCAUAAUGAUUACACAAAGAUCUUGAAGGACAAGUUAAAACAGCACUGUGAGCGGAUAUUGGUUGGUAAUUCACAGACGGGUGAAAAUAAAUACCUGGACGAUAUUUACACUGAUUUAUAUGUGGUGGAGAAUCAGACUGGAGGACGAAUGAAUGAACACGAGGUGAGACAGAUCGAAUCAAAUCACAACCGACUGACUGCCAAGGACCCGCCGAUCCAGUGUAAUGACAUGUUCAAAGACCAUAUGGGACGACGAAACAGAAAAGUGCUGACAGUGGGGAUUGCAGGAGUAGGAAAAACUGUCUCUGUCAAGAAAUUCAUCCUUGACUGGGCUAAAGGAAAAGAAAAUCAAGAUAUAGUCUUCAUUUUUCCACUCCCAUUCCGUGAACUGAAUUUGAUUAAAGAGGAAUACAGUCUCAUGGGAUUGCUUCACAGAUGCUGCUUUAGUGGCCUUAAAGAGCUGACAUCUCUUCCUGAAGAUGGCAGUAAGGUCAUGUUCAUCUUUGAUGGGCUGGAUGAAUGUCGCUUCACUUUGAGCUUUGAAGAGGGUGACAGUUUUACAGAUGUUAAUAAGAAAACCACAGUGAGUAAGAUAGUUACAGCCCUAAUCAAGAAACAUCUGGUUCCCUCUGCUCUCAUCUGGAUCACAUCCAGACCAGCAGCAGCCAGUCUGAUACCCCGAGAAUACAUUGAUCAGGUGACAGAGGUACGAGGAUUUAGUGAUGAGCAGAAAGAGAAGUACUUCAUCAAAAACAGCAGUCCUGAGGUUGCUGAAAACAUCAUCCGUCACAUCAGAAAAUUCAGAAGUCUGUACAUCAUGUGUCACAUCCCGGUCUUCUGCCGGAUCUCUCUCACUGUUCUUCAGCCUCUGCUGGUUCGAGAGAGCAAUGACAAAACACCCACAACCCUCACAGGGAUGUACACAAACUUUUUACUUUCUCAGAAGCAACAGAUGGAAACAAAAUAUUGCAAGGAUCCUAAAAUUAAGUCUGAAGUCAUGUCUUUUGAUGAGAUUAUUCUGAAGCUUGGGAAACUGGCCUUUAAACAACUACAGAAAGGUAAUCUGAUUUUCUACAAAGAAGAUCUUGAGAAGUGUGGACUAGAUGUCAAUGAAGGGUCUGUGUACUCUGGGUUAUGCACCCGGAUGUUUCAGGAGGAAAAAUCUAUAUCAGAGAGAAACGUUUACAGCUUCGUACAUCUCAGCAUCCAGGAAUUACUUGCUGCUCUCUAUGUGUUUUUGAUGAACAAAAACAAGAAAGCAAACCCAUUUGUUAGAUCCUGGAAAAAACUGACAUGUAUCCUGUCAAAAAAGCCACUUUUUAAACUACAUACAGCAGCAGUCAAGAAGGCUUUACAAAGUGAGAAUGGACACCUGGACCUCUUCCUCCGAUUCCUCCUGGGUUUCUCACUGGAGUCCAAUCAGAGAGACCUGAAGGAACUACUACCAAGACUGGAGCUCAAAACAGAGGACAUCAAAGACACUGCUGACUAUAUCAAAGAGAAAAUAGAGAUGGAGGAAUCAACAGAGAGGACCAUCAAUCUAAUCCACUGUCUGAAUGAACUGAAAGAUGACUUUGUGGAGGAAAUCCAGAAGAAUCUGAGCUCUGGAAAACUUUCAGAGCAGAAUCUCUCCUCUGCUCAGUGGUCAGCUCUGGUGUUUGUGCUCCUCAUGUCAGAAGAGACUCAAGAGAAAUUUGAACUGCAGAAAUACAAAAGAUCUGAUGAAGCACUGAUGAGACUGCUGCCAGUCAUAAAAAACACCAGAAGAGCACUGCUACAGUGCUGUAAUCUCACUGCUCAGUCUUGUGAUAGUUUGUCUUCAGCUAUACAGUCAUCAGACUCCUUUUUGAGAGAGCUGGACCUGAGUAACAAUGACCUGCAGGAUUCUGGAGUGAAGCUGCUUUCUGAAGGACUGAAGAGUCCAAACUGUCAGCUGGAGAUUCUGAGGUAAAUGGUUUAUCAUAAAAUAGUUAACAAAAUGCUAUCAUGAUGAAUGACUUUAAAAUUUUGUCACAAAAGUUGUCAUCUGCUCUCAAUAGAAUGCCAGAACAAGAGAUAAAAAAAUCACCCCCAGAUUUUUCAACCUGAGAACCUGAGACCCAGGUGGACAGUGUACAUCUGACAAUAAAAAUGUUGAAAUAUUGCGAUGAAAAAUUUUGCAUUUUCAAAUACAUUUAUUUCAUGCAUGAAUUCCUCUGCACAGACCUACACAAGCUAGCAUCAUCAUCUAGUGGCUGUGUUUUACAUUUUUAUUUACAUUUAUCAAUUUACAAAACCCUUACAAAUGAGGAAUAUAACAAGUGAUUCAUCAUAAAGAGGCAAUUAAACACAAGAAGUGCUUGUAAUACAAAGUUUCAGACUUUAUUUAGAACAGCACAAGCUAGAACAGGGUGCCCUCUGUGUCUAAGAGCAACUCGGUUCACAGUAAAUGCUGCUCCACUCCACUGCUACUCCAUUUUAUACAAGUGCUAUGAGUUUGGAUCACUUGGAUUUGAAAAUGCAACAUAAAGAGAAUGAAAGAAUUUAUUAGAAAGAAACUAGAAUUGAGAAAAAUA